GCUUCCGGUUUCCGCUUUCAUGCUGUAACGGCUAUCCGCGCGUCCGAAGCGCCAAACUUAAACUUUAAACUUGGCAUGAAUAUUACAUUAUAAUUGUUAAUAUUACCUUUAAUUAAAAAAAAAAACGUUUUUUUAACUUAUUGCAAUAGGAAUAUGAACCAGCCAUGAUGGAAUUACUUUUCGACCAGAAGUUGCAAGUCCAGGUGAAGUGCAAAGACUGUGAGGACAGGAGGACCAGUAUCCGAAUCAGUAUUGAGCUGCAGUCAACAUCAAGUCCAGUGCACAAAAGAGAUCUGGCAGUACGGUUGACAGAUGAUGCUGACGCAUAUUUCCUUUACAACCUUGUUAUAUCAGAAGAAGAUUUCCAAAGUUUAAAAGUACAACAGGGCCUGCUCGUAGAGUUUUCAGCCUUCCCACAGAAGUUCAUAGACCUGCUGAAUCAGUGUAUCGAAGAACAGGACAAAGACAACCCGAGGUUUUUACUGCAGUUGGUAUCUUCAUCACCAGUAUUAGACAACAGUUGUGCCAGUUUAAACAUUGUGGAGACAAAUGCCUUUAAACACCUCACACACCUCUGUCUUAAACUCAUACAUGGCACAGAUGUAGAAAUAAAGAAGUAUCUGGCAACCUGUUUAUCCUGUCUAAAGGAGGAAAAACAGUUGUUGGAACAGAAGCUUAAGAGAACUGAGGAAGAUCUCUCCAGGCAACUUAGCUAUACACAGCAGACUUUGUCAGAAAAGAGCAGAGAACUGGACAGGAUAAGGAGUGAAUGGACAUCCCAAACAGCAGCCCUGACCAACCAACACUCCCAGGAGCUGACCACAGAGAGGGAGAAAACACUUGAGGCCCAGAUGAAAUACCAGCAGCAGUCUGAGCAGCAACGCAGAGAGUUGGAAAGUCUGCAUCAGAAAAGCAUCCAGCAGCUCCAAUGCAGGCUGGCAGAGCUGGAGGUCUCUAACAAAGAUCUGAUGGAGAGGAAAUAUAAAUCAGAAUCUGCCAUCAGGGACCUUAAAGCCAAGCUGGUGGGGCUGGAAGAUGAGUCCCACAGAGCAAAGCAGGAGGUGUUAUCUUUAAGGAGAGAGAACAGCACACUGGACUCGGAGUGCCAUGAAAAGGAGAAGCAAGUGAACCAGCUGCAGACCCGAGUAGCUGUUCUAGAGCAGGAGAUCAAAGACAAAGACCAGCUGGUGCUUCGAACUAAAGAAGUGUUGGAAGCAACUCAGCAGCAAAAGAUGAUCAUUGAAGAAAAUGCAGAAGAAAGACAACAUCAUAUUGGGAAACUUGAAACAACACUGAAGUCUUUAUCAGAGGAGUUAAUAAAGGCAAAUGAAAUCAUUAAGAAAUUACAAGAUGAUGUGAAGAUGCUGGUGGGGAAGUUAAAACUGAAGAACUCAGUAACUGUGCAGCAGGAGAAAGUGCUGUCUGAGACAGAACAGCUCCUGCAGAAGGAACAGAGAGAGGUGCAGGAGGCACGGCAGGCAUUGAAGCAGAGAGACGAAGAGGUAUCAAAACUACAAGAGCAAUUGGAAGCAACAGUUCAAAAACUAGCUGAAAGCAAAGAACUGCUAAAAACGAAUGAAAAUGUUAUCACCUGGCUAAACAAGCAGCUGAAUGAAAAUCAAAUUACAAGAAAGCAUGAAAAUUUAGGGAUGUUUGAAACACCGCCUGGAAUGACGUCCUCUGGAGGUUUCAGAGCAGGAAUUUCAUCUCAGAAUGUGAUGUUUGGCAAUCAACCCUUUAACUCUGCCUCAGGAAUCAACUACCCUGUUACCUCUACAUUAAAUUCAAAGCUUUCUUUUCCUGUUAGCACAGGCAGUCGCCCAGCUUUGGCACACCUUAAUCAGGCCCCAGGAACAAAGGUCCAGUUUAAUCCAGUGAUCUCUAAACCCAUCAUGUCACCAGUGGACAUGAAUUGUGGUAGUCAUUCCUUACAGCAUGGUUCAUCAAAUAAAGAAAAUGGGGAACUCCUCGGUUUGGAGUCAAAGUAUUUAGAGAGACGUGAUGAUUCUAUUCCUUUACGUGGAAUUGUCCCCAAAAAGCACCUCAACAAAGAAGCCCAGAAGCCAUCAGUUAAUGUCUCCCAGCUGCCUCCUACACCUGGAUUCUCUGCUUACUUUCCGGGACAGUGAGCCUGCCUUCUGUGUGAGCAGUGUGCAGUUCAGUUUCUCCACCACAUCCCGACCAGCAGGAACAUGACCCAAAACCUCCUUAUUUUCCAGAAAAUAAACCUUUCCUGACCACCUGACACCUUCAUGAGUUUAGUGAUUCCUCUUGAAUUUACAUGUUGUGUUUUCUGUGAAGUACUAUAUUUGAUUUAUUACCAUUAGCAUGAUCAUGGCAUGAGUUUAUCCCCAGCAACUUUGAUUUUUGUAUUAUUUGUUUGGAAAGCAUAGGAUUGCCCCCUAUUCCUGCAAACAUCCUACUCUUUGAUACAAGCUGUUUUUUAAACUUGGCCUAAACUGAAACCAUCUAUCAUGAUUUUUUUUCCCUCUACACACACAGACCCUCUCUUGGUUAUUAUAGAAGAGAUUAUGAUGGUAACACUUUGCACGAGCUUUAACAGUGAUUUAAUUUCUAAUAGUCGUCUCAAUUGUUAUGGAAAUUUAAGGGUUCAGGAAUUAUCUCCUCUUAACCAACCAUAUAAUUAAUGCCUCUUGAUACAUUUUUUGGAUUUGUUGGUUUUUCCUAACAUUGGUGGUAAUUUAUUUUUUUCAGUAUUUAAUCCAUAUUGCAUUUUAAUUAGGUUUAAUUAGGUAUGAUUUUUGUUCAUCUGCAUUAGGUUGUCAUGAUAUAUCUUGUUUCACAUUUAAUCCUACACUGACUCAGUGUUCUCUUAGAAGCACCAGUAACCUAAACAGGAAAGGUGCUUUUUGAAGGAAUAAUUAUACCUUCACAAGAUGCUAAUCUAUAAAAGCUGCCUCAAUUGUUCUAUAUACAACUACAAGUACAGUAAUUGUUUCCUGAAAUAUGCAAUUCAAAAUGUAAUCAUUGUAAAAGAUUUAAAUUUGAAGACAUAUGGGAACACAUCAUAUUUUGAAUAGUUGACUUGUCUACAUAUUGGAAUUGGAAGUGAACCUGAGUUUUACAUUGUUAGCCUACAUAGAAUCCGUACAUAAAACUAAAUGCCAAACUCAACUGCUGCUUCUUAAAAGAGGAGCAUUGACCUGUGUGACUUGUGGUUGGUUUAAUCCUCUACUUUGAUGUGUUGGAAUCAGAUAUUUAAAAUGUUUUGCAGUGUAAAAAUUGUAUAUAUUAUUGAGUGAAGUUCAUGAAAAAACAACUGUAGACGAGCAAAUGUUUAUAUUUUCAGAGCUAUAUCAGACCUUUUUGAAAUUAAAACUUUUUAUGAAGACAA